AUGUACAUCCCACGGAAGUGUGGAGGCCGAGGCUUCCUAAACGCCAAGGAUCUCCACAACCGCGAGGUGUACAAUCUCAGGAACUAUUUCCUUAACAACGAGUGUGGGAUGCAUCGUGAUGUGGUGGCAGUAGAUAGGAACCUCACGCCGCUUUCCUUGGCAAACGAGAACUGGCGCAAACCUGUGGUACUAAGUACUGCGGAUCGCAAGGCGGCAUGGGAGAGUAAGGUGCUACACGGGCGGUUCUACAAGGCCCUCACGGGACCCGAUGUGGACCUGCUCGCGUCGGUGAACUGGUUACGAUUCGGGGACCUCUUCGGAGAAACCGAGGGUUUUGCCUGUGCAAUUGCAGACGAAGUGAUGAUGACGAACAACUAUCGGAAAUAUAUCCUGAAGGACGGUACGGUCGACAUUUGUCGGGCAUGCCGCCGUCCCGGAGAGUCACUCAGGCAUAUCAUUUCCGGCUGUUCUCAUCUUGCUAACGGCGAGUAUUUGCACAGACAUAAUCUCGUAGCCAGGAUUAUUCACCAGCAACUUGCUCUUUUAUAUGGCCUUGUGGACCGCGAAGUACCGUAUUACAAGUACUCACCUGCGCCUGUUCUCGAGAAUGGUCGUGCCACGCUCUAUUGGGAUCGAUCUAUCAUCACUGACAGGACUAUUGUAGCCAAUAAGCCUGAUAUUGUGAUAAUAGAUCGAUCGCAACGUCGGGCCGUGCUCGUUGACAUCACCAUCCCCCAUGAUGAGAAUCUCGUGAAGGCCGAGAAGGACAAGUCCAGUAAAUACCUAGACUUGGCUCACGAGAUAACCGCCAUGUGGGAUGUUGAUUCGACGAUCAUUGUCCCGAUAGUCGUUUCAGUGAACGGUUUGAUAGCGAAGAGUCUCGACCAACAUCUCGAGAAACUCUCGCUAGGUGGUUGGAUCAAGGGACAGAUGCAGAAGGCGGUGAUCUUGGACACGGCGCGGAUAGUACGCCGGUUCCUCUCUCUGCGGCCCUGACCACCGGUAGCUUGGGCCUUGCCCCGCUGCUGGCGGCACCCUAGGUUAGGUUUUUUAUAAUGUGUUUAUAUGCAUUUUUUUAUU